CGAUAAUAAUUUAACAAAUUAUAUUCAUUCAAGAUAAAAUGGUACUGUGUUUUUUUUCUUCAUUUCUCUCCAUAGGAUGCAUGCGUUUCGGAUUAUUUAACAAACGUCUCCUACAUGUCAGCAGGUUUUCAACUUCCAUUAAAAGACAUGGAGAAGUGCGUCCAGAGGUCAGCCAGGCCUCCAACAUGAUGGAUAUAGGUGCACGUGGCAUUUUCUCUGCUGAGCAUGAUCUCUUCAGACAGAAUGUCCGAAGAUUCUUCCAAGAAGAAGUUCUUCCUCAUCACACCAAAUGGGAAAAAGACGGGCAAGUCAGCAGAGAGGUUUGGGAGAAAGCAGGUCAAAACGGCUUGUUAGGUGUCAACACAAAAGAGGAACUUGGUGGAAUUGGGGGCGAUGUCCUGUCUACAGCCAUCACUUGGGAGGAACAGAUGUAUGUGAACUGUUCUGGGCCUGGGUUUAGUCUGCACUCAGAUAUUAUCAUGCCAUACAUCUCCCAUUACGGAACAAAGGAGCAGAUUGAGAAAUUUAUUCCGAGAAUGACAGCUGGAACCUGCAUUGGAGCAAUAGGAAUGACAGAACCAGGGGCAGGCAGUGACUUGCAAGGAAUUAGAACAAAUGCUAAAAAAGAUGGUUCUGAUUAUAUUUUGAACGGGUCCAAAGUGUUCAUUACAAACGGCUGGAUGUCAGACCUGGUCAUUGUUGUUGCAAUUACUAAUCCUGAGGCCAAGUCCAAGGCUCAUGGCAUCAGUCUCUUCCUAGUGGAGGAGGGUAUGAAGGGAUUUGUCAAGGGUAGGAAGUUAGAGAAAAUUGGAUUGAAGGCCCAGGACACCGCAGAACUGUUCUUUGAAGAUGUCCGUCUCCCUAAAGAGUCCCUGCUUGGAGAAGAAAACAAGGGAUUCUAUUAUCUGAUGCAGGAAUUGCCGCAGGAGAGACUUAUUAUUGCUGACAUGGCUAUUGCCAACAGUGAGUGGAUGUUCGAGGAAACUAGAAACUAUGUCAGACAGAGGAAAGCAUUUGGAAAAACAAUUUCUAAUCUUCAGACUGUUCAACACAAACUGGCCGAGAUCAAAACUGAGGUAGCUGUCGGACGCGCCUUCUUGGAUCAGUGUUUGAAAAUUCACAAUGAGAGAGGGCUUGAUUCAGUAACAGCAUCAAUGGCAAAAUACUGGGCUACAGACCUACAGAAUUCAAUUGCAACCCGCUGUCUACAGCUUCACGGGGGCUGGGGCUAUAUGUGGGAAUAUCCAAUUGCCCGGGCUUUUGUGGACUCCCGAGUUCAGCCCAUCUACGGGGGCAGUAAUGAAAUCAUGAAGGAGCUCAUUGCCAGGACGAUUGUUUCUGACAAGUAGUAAAUGAAACAGUGCCAUCAAAGCCUUAUACCCUCGGGUCAAUGACUGUUCACUAAGAAUGUCAAUAGACAAGACAGACAAAUAAUUUCUGACAAUCUGUAAUCUUUCAUUUCUUUAUCAUAUAAUGUACUUUUUGUCAGCAUAAUAAUGAUUUGUUCUGUGAACAUUUUUCACAUCUGCUGUGUAAAUCCCAAUAAUGGUGAUGAUUCCAACGACACAUCUGAAUUCCUUACUGAAUCUGUCAAUGGAGAACAUUUAUUCCAUGUUUCAAAACUCAAAUAUUAUCUGCAAAAAGUUUUUAGCUAAUGACUGUGAUACAAGUUUGAUUUUCAUUUUAUGCAUAUAUAGAAGAUUUACAUGUAUAAAUUAUGUUAAUUUUGAUAGAACUUUAUACAGGAUGUGUUGUUUAUAUACCUCCCCCCUUCAAAUUACAGUUUCAUGUAGGUAUUAGAAAACAAUGAGAUGCAUAUCUUAUUACUGACUUGCUAGGCAAGGUCAAUAGACUGAUUCAAGUAAUAAAAAUAAACAACUA